AUGAACGCGACCGGAGACGGCACUUCGCGCUACGCGGCAGUGCAGAAUGAGGAGGCGAUCCAGACGUGCCUGUACUGCGCCAACCUGAAGGUGCUACGCGAUUUGCUGCCUCCGAAGCGAUGUGAUUAUUGCCGUAAGUGGCGAUGCCAGUUUUGCACGCUCAAGUUUCCGCUGCUAGGCUCGCGCAAGGGGCUCCCAAAAAAACUGAAGGGUAACUCGCGCAUUUGUGUGCAGUGCUUUGGCCAGAUCUGGCAGGAGAAUGAAGCCGCCAGCUCGCCAGAUGUACUCGGGCGUUUGGGUGGGCCAAAGCACGUGUCCGUACCGGACACUCAGGAGUGCAGGCGUGAAUCACGCGGCGUUAGCUUUUUGGAGGGAGACCCAAUGAUGGGGCGCCGAGGAUCGAUAAUGGAGACGAGUCGCCGCAGCUCUGAAAUGGGAUCAAGUCGUCGAGAAUCCAUGCAGGAGUUGGAACGUCGUGAGUCGAUGAUUGUUGAUCAAGUGUGGGCAAGGUCGGGCUCAUUCAGUGGCUCCAACAGAUUUUCGUUCAUGGACAGCUCGAGUGGCAACGAUCUCACCAAGCGGCCAGUGACCUCGAAGAUUCGUCGCGGUGGGCUUUCAUACCGCGUCGCAUCGUUCUUGGGUCUUGUGGCAGGUGAUGGAGCUGAUAGAACAAGCAUGAACUCUGCAAUCGGUCUGUGGCUGUCACUCUUUGCCGCUUCCAUCCUGUUGGUGAUUGCAUUAGCCGACGGGUUUACCCUUCACCAGCGCCUAUGGUAUUGUGUAGUGACGUAUGGAGUAUUUCUUACGCUGCACCCUUGGGUCCAUGCAGAUCGACUGGACAGAUCCACGUCAGAGAAAUCAAACCAGAUAAAACGAAUGGUGCAGUCAAAUGCUAUAGCACCAGCUCAAGAUACGACAAGACGCCGCAUAUCCUUGGCUGUUUCAGGGAGUGGGUCUGUUCCAGCAGAGUACAAACGUUGUCUUCAGGAGAUGGAAGAGAAGUUAGCGUACUACUUGAGUGACAAGUGUCCCUGGAAGCUGGUAAAGGAUACUACAGGGGGUGGCAUCUACGAAAUGACUGCAAACAAAAUGCCCUUCGCUAUUUUCAAGAUCGAGGUAUUCAUAACGGGGAUAUCCAUGGACAAGUUCCUGGCCUUCCUCGACAGCAAGGACCCAAAGGAUCGAUGUGUGUGGGAUCUCAACCAGGCAAAUUAUGAGGUGAUCGAGACAUUCGACAGCAGUGACCUUGAUGAGGAUGCCGAUGUGAGUGUCUGCGUGAAUACGCAGAAGCCCUUUCUUGGUGGGUUGGUGGCUUCGCGAGACUUCUGCUUGCUCAAUGUGGCAACAGACAAAUCAAUCUGCUUCUCCAGUGUCACGCAUCCAGCCGUACCUGUGCGUCCAGGAACAACUCGCGGCCACAUCUUUUUCUCUUGCUUCCAUUGCGAGGAGAAUGCAAAUGUUGAGGGGCCAGAGGGCUUUUUGCUGACCUACAUUUGCCAAACUGACAUUGGUGGGAACCUCCCCGUGAAGCUGCUUUACAACGGCACCAUGGACAACAUGCAGAAAAUGUCAAAGGUGUUCUUGCAAGCCUGCUACUUGUUUUCCGGAUAA